UGUCACUUUUUAAUUUCAAGAUGGCGACUUCCAUACUGUGAUUUCAUCAGUAAAUGAUUUUGCCAUUGAACCUAAGGCUAAUAUGCAAUAAAUUUUUAAAUUAAAACAUCAUAUUUUGUACAUUCAAGAUCUUUUAUGAUGCACAUACUGAAACGAGCUGGAUUUGCUUUCGCCCACCUUGCAAAAGCAUGUAACACUUCAACUUCAGGGUUAAGAUGUCUUCGACACUUAAAUGAGGAUGCAAGAAAUCGUAUACGUGCAUUGAAAAUAGGAGACAAACUCCAUGGCUACACUGUUCAACGGAUUGACGAGGUACCAGAUUACUACAUUACUGCCAUCUUGCUGUCCCACGAUAAAACUGGGGCGCAGCAUUUACACGCAGCACGAGAUGAUGACAACAAUACAUUUGGUGUCACAUUCAGAACCACCCCCUUAGACAACACAGGUGUGUCCCACAUUCUAGAGCAUACUGUUCUAUGUGGGUCCGAGAAAUAUCCAGUCAGAGAUCCUUUCUUUAAGAUGCUCAGUAGGUCAAUGGCAACUUUUAUGAAUGCUUUAACAGCUUAUGAUUGGACGAUGUAUCCAAUUUCAAGUCAGAACCAGCAAGACUUUAAAAAUUUGAUGUCAAUUUAUUUGGAUGCUGUCUUCUGUCCAUUACUUAGAGAAUUGGAUUUUUGUCAGGAAGGCUGGAGACUGGAACAUACAGAUUUGACGAAUGUCUCAUCUCCUAUUGUGUUUAAAGGUGUCGUAUACAAUGAGAUGAAAGGUGUUUUUUCUAACUCACAAAACAUCUACUCUCAACAAGCACUGAACUCCUUAUUGCCCAGCCACACUUAUGGCGUUGUCUCAGGUGGGGACCCAGCAGAGAUUGUCAACUUGACCCAUGAACAACUGAAAAAAUUUCAUGCCAGCCACUACCAUCCGAGCAAUGCUAAAUUCUUUACCUAUGGCAACUUUCCACUUGAGGAGCACCUUAGUUUAAUCAACCAGAGCUUGGACAAGUUUGACAAAAUAAACCCAUCACAAUUAGUUCCAAAUGAACCGAGGUGGAAGGAACCUAAAACCAAAACAAUUUAUUGUCCACCAGACCCUCUAGCUGCUGAUCCAGAAAAACAAACCACAGUUUCUGUCAGCUAUCUCCUGUCUGACAUAACUGAUGUGCAUGAGAGUUUUAUUGCAAGUGUCCUUGGCUAUUUGCUCACCAAUGGAGAAACAUCACCUUUCUAUAGAGCAUUGUUGGAGCCUAACAUUGGAAGUGAUUUCUCACCUAACACUGGAUGUCAUGAAGAUACAAAAGAGGCAGUUUUCUCUGUUGGCUUGGCGAAUAUCAGUCCAGAAUCUGUGAAUGAGGUAUUGGAUAUUAUUGAAGACACAAUUGAUAAGAUUGUCCGAGAAGGCUUUGAUAAGAAGAAACUAGAUGCACUGUUGCACAGGCUAGAGUUAGGCAUGAAGCAUGAAAGCAGCAACUUUGGACUUCAUUUGGCCAUGGGCCUAGCUAAUGUUUGGAACCAUGAGGGUGACCCAAUUACUGCUCUGCAAGUGGGUCAGAUAGUCCAGAAUUUCAAAGAGAGUCUCAAAAAGAAUCCUAAGCUACUUCAGCAGAAAGUCAAAGAAUACUUAAAGGACAACAAGCACAAGCUGACUCUCAUCAUGCAACCUGAUGAGUCUUACAUGGAGAAGAAUGACCUAGCAGAGAAGGAAAGGUUGAACAAAUUUGUCUCACCUCUCACUGAUUCUGACAAAGAAAAUCUUCUCAAGAGAGGACAAGAACUAGAACUGAAGCAAAAUGCUAAAGAAGAUAUUUCUUGUUUACCAUCAUUAAAAAUCAGUGAUCUGAGCAAGACAAUCAAACCUGAAGAAAUAGACAUCAAAGAAGCAGGGGGCUCUUUUAUCCAAGUCAGUGUGCAACCAACCAACGGUGUGACCUAUCUUAGAAUGGCCUCCAAUCUAGAUGGACUACCAGAGGAUCUAAUGCCAUACAUCCCACUGUUUUGUCAAGUGAUAACAGGUAUUGGGGCAGAUUGGCAUGACUACUUAUGGAUGUCCCACCAAGAAGAACUUUACACUGGAGGACUCCUAGCGACACCUCUUGUGGUACCCCACCACACAGAUGUGGGUCGCAUGCAGAGAUCUGUACUGCUCUCGUCCUAUUGCUUAGAGAAGAAUUUUGACAAAAUGCUCGAUCUUUGGACUUUAGCUCUUAACAGCCCAGAUUUCUCCGAUGUAAAUCGUAUUUCAACUUUAAUUCGAAUGGCAGCUAGUGACAUGGCUGCAAGUCUGAGCGACUCUGGGCAUCAGUUUGCUAUCACCAACUCGGCAGCAUCUCUUGACAAAGUCUCAAAUGUACAAGAAACUUUCUUUGGCAUUUCUCAGGUGAAGACAAUGAAAAGUGUAGCAGAAAUGUCAGACCUGAGUGACAUCAUCUUCAAGUUUCAGUGUAUUGGUGACAUUGUGCUGGACAAGACAUCAUUUAGAAUUUCUCUGAAUGUGACACCAAAAGCUAUUGACAGAUCCAUUCGAGGACUUAGAAACUUCUUAGGAAACCUUAAAGGUCAAGCUGAUAUGAGUAACAUUUUCCCUGAUAUUGACCAGAUUGAGCCUGCAUCAUCAAAGACUCACCAUGAGCUUCCAUUUAAUGUGAAUUAUGUAGCACAGAGCUACCCUGGGGUCCUCUACACUCACAAGGACUAUACACCACUUUGUGUGUUGUCAAAUCUUAUGACAAGGAAGUUCCUGCAUAGAGAAAUAAGAGAGAAAGGUGGAGCCUAUGGCAGUGGAGCACAACUAGACUCUGGCAUUUUUAGUUUUUAUUCUUACAGAGAUCCCAAAAGUCUGGAGACACUGGAGGUGUUCAAGAACUGUGUUGAAUGGGCUAGUAAAGGAGAGUUUACUGAACAAGAUGUGGAGGAGGCUAAGCUGGGUAUCUUUCAAAAGACAGAUAAACCUGUUCCUCCCAGUAGUCGGGGGAAAACACAGUUCAUCUAUGAUAUCUCUGAUGAGAUGAGGCAGAAGAACAGAGACCGGCUGUUUAGAAUCAAGACUGAGGAUUUGAUUCGAGUAUCUAAUACCUACUUAAAGGCUAAGAAGACACUCACUGGAAUUACAUUCUUGGGACCAUCAAAUCCUGCCAUCCAGGGCAACAAAGAUUGGAAAGUUGUCAAACAGCAUGAUGUGGUGCCUCCUGCGCAGGAAUAAGCUGUGUGAUGUAUCGGAUUCUCACUAUCUAGAUUUGUUUCAUUCCCUAAACAAAAUAAGAACGGUUGGACUUGAGGUGUAAUAAAAAAAUAGAACAAUCUCUAAAUUUUAAUUCCAUGAUUCUCAAGAACAAAACAAAAGUUGAGAUUUGAGCUAGUGAAAUAUGUCUUGCAAUUAUUGCAAACAGCUGAGAUGUCAUGCAAGUUCUUUCUAAUCUUGAAACAUGACUUCUCUGAAUUCAUGGAUUUCAUGUAUAGUGUUUGUGAGACAGAGAGGACAGCAUUUUGUGUUUUGUGUUGAAACUAUUCUUUGUUGAGAUGUUCUUUUAUAAGUGGAGCCGUAGUACAGUAACUGUAAUUGACUUAAAACACUAUUUGUGCUGCCUUAUAUUGUUACAGUAGACACUCUAAAAACCAAAAGAUGUAUUCACAUUGUUUUCACCUUGAAUGUUAAUAAUGUUUGAGAAUAAUAGUAACAUGUAUUCUGGUGACAGAUAUUAGGCAAUAUUUUGAUCUAGUAACUCCUGACUUAUCAUAACUAAUUAUUUGUUCUGGCUUAUCAUAUGUAAUUUUGUGUACUGGCUUAUCAUAGUUAUCUGUUUUUACAAUGAUUUCUACAUUUAAGCUAAGUAUAGUGAAACAAGUAUAUGGAUUGAUUUAUAAUUGUGAUUCAUUUUCAAAAUUGAAAGAAAUUUUAUCAUGACAAGUGAACCCAUGGUGUCAGUUUAUUUAUAGAUCAUUAUAUAGUAAGUUUGUGAGUCUUGCGUAGUGCUGUAUACAUUUUGACCUUAGUCUUCAGGUUGAUAAGUCAAUAAGAUUGAAGCUCUGCAUCUUGUUUGGUCAACUUGUUUCACUUUGUAAGUAGUAGGCUAACAUUAAAGAUACUUAUUAAUUACUUUAAUCUCUUAUGUAUAUAGCACCAUCAUGUACAACUGGAACAAUAUGAAUUGACUUGAAACACACAAAUUUUUUUUUACUUAUUACUGACACAACAUUUUGGCGUUACAUCAUUAAUUGUUGCAUUUGUGUGUUGCUAUUUGAUGAGAUUUGUUUUUUUAGUUUUGCCUAUGUCCGUCAAAAAGUGUGGGUUUUUUUUUUACUCUGUCAAUGAAUGACUAGUGACUAAUUUUUGGACAUGAAACUCAGUGGAAAAUGAAUGAAAAUGUUGAGAGCUGUUUUAAUGACAGAGUUGUAUUAAUAAAAGAUCAAAUGUCA